CUGCGCAGGCGCAGUGCGAGAGAAGGCGGCGGAGAGAAGAGGGAGGGAGGGAGCGCGCGUGCAGUCGCCCAACAGGGGGCCCUCAGCGUCGUUUCCGCGGAGCCUUUUUGUCCUCCUCAGGCUUGCCGUCGCCCUCCUUGUGCUCCUCCCGCUCGCCCGCCAUGGAGUGCCCGCACUUGGGAGCGAGCGUCUGCGUGUCGCCGGGAGCGGCCGCCUUUCCCCCGGGCUCGCCCUCCGCCUGGUGCUGCAGCGUAUGCCGGUCUAACAAAAGUCCUUGGAUCUGCCUCACUUGCUCAAAUGUCCACUGCGGAAGAUAUGUCAAUGGCCAUGCAAAGAAACAUUACGAAGAUGCCCAGGUUUCAGUCCCCAGUCAGAAGAAGAUGGAAAAGCAGGAGAAAGUCCAACACACAGUAUGCAUGGAUUGCAGUAGUUACAGCACAUACUGUUACCGCUGUGAUGACUUUGUAGUCAACGACACCAAAUUUGGCUUGGUGCAGAAAGUCCGAGAGCUGCUACAAAAUUUGGAAAACUCAGCUUUUACGGCAGACAGGCACAGGAAGAGGAAACUUCUGGAAAACUCUUCUCUCAACAGCAAAUUGUUCAAAAUAAAUGGGAGCACUGCCACCGCUCUGUGCGCUACUGGCCUCCGGAACCUGGGAAACACCUGCUUCAUGAAUGCCAUCCUCCAGUCGCUCAGCAACAUCCAGCAGUUCUGCUGCUACUUCAAGGAGCUGCCAGCGGUGGAGCUGCGGAACGGGAAGACGGCCGGGCGGAUUACCUACCACACCCGCAGCCAAGGCGACAACGGCGUUUCCUUGGUGGAAGAGUUCCGGAAGACGCUGUGCGCCCUGUGGCAGGGGAGCCAGGCCGCCUUCAGCCCCGAGUCGCUCUUCUACGUCAUUUGGAAGAUCAUGCCCAACUUCCGGGGCUACCAACAGCAGGACGCCCACGAGUUCAUGCGCUACCUGCUGGACCACCUGCACCGGGAGCUGCAGGGCGGCUUCAACGGCGUCUCCCGCUCCUCCACCUUCUCGGGACUCUCUGCCGGGAGCCGCUGCUGCAUAAACGGCACCUCGACCGUCGUCACGGCCAUCUUUGGUGGCAUCCUCCAGAACGAAGUCAACUGCUUGAUAUGCGGGACCGAAUCCAGAAAGUUCGACCCAUUCCUAGACCUUUCGCUAGAUAUUCCAAGUCAAUUCAGAAAUAAACGUAGCAAGAACCAAGAAAAUGGACCAACGUGUACAUUACGAGAUUGCCUCCGUAGUUUCACGGACCUGGAAGAACUUGACGAGACAGAGCUCUACAUGUGCCACAAAUGUAAAAAGAAGCAGAAGUCCACCAAGAAGUUCUGGAUCCAGAAACUACCAAAGGUGCUGUGCUUGCAUCUGAAGCGCUUCCACUGGACCGCCUACCUGAGGAACAAAGUGGACACCUACGUGGAGUUCCCCCUGCGAGGCCUAGACAUGAAGUGCUACCUGCUGGAGCCCGAAAACAGUGGACCGGAAAACUGCCUCUACGACCUGGCAGCUGUGGUGGUGCAUCACGGUUCGGGGGUGGGCUCCGGCCACUACACAGCGUAUGCAACGCAUGAGGGACGUUGGUUCCACUUCAACGACAGCACGGUGACACUGACAGACGAGGAGACGGUGCUGCGGGCCAAGGCCUACAUCCUCUUCUAUGUGGAUCGGCGGCGGCAGCAGCAGCAGACAGCCAAGGCCGGCCCCGAGAAACUUUAAUAACAACAAUAACAAUACCUCCUCCUCCUCCUCCUUUCGCCCGACUUUGGCAUAUCAAGGUCCCGCUCUUCCUCCGGAAAGAAACAUUUCCAGUUCUCUGCAGAUACUUGAUCCGAGACUCUUGGUUGCAUUCAUCGUGCACUUUUCAGAUUGUAUUUUCUUCUUCCUCUUCCUUCUUUCUUGUAGUUUUCCUUUGU